UGCAGCAGCAUCAGCAUCACCGGUAUGAGUAACAGUGCGCAACUUGGAGAAACAACUACACUAUCCGGAGGAGCGCGCGCCUGUGUGAGUGUCCGUUAACUGAGGGUUUCACGAGCCUGUUCAUAACGGUCAACGAAACGCAUUCAUGAAGAGCUGAAGGUCCCAAAUACUACAAAAACUCUGUGGAUGUGCCGACAAAAAAAGCCAUGGAUUAUGUAAAACACCACAGUGCUCAUCUCUCCGUCGUCAUUUUAAUAAUUAGCAGCACCUGCCAUGCUCUGUUGGAUCACUUCCUGGAGGAGAACUACUCGGAUCAGCUUUUCCUUCAUCAUUUGGAUUUAGAAGGCGACAGCCAAAGUACCUCCUGUGAUUUUGAAUCUCUGUGCCACUGGACUCUAUCAAAUCACACUGAUCAAAGUGACUGGUCAGUGGUGUCGCCACAGCAACCAUACACUCGUGCUGGGAUGCCUGUGACGGACCACUCAGUGGGAAGCUCUCAGGGGCACUUCCUCUACUUAAGCCCCUCCCCUGCUGCAGAGGCCUCUGGGAGAUGUGAGUACCACCUAACCAGUCCAGUCCUGCCAAGAAGCACUAGGGGCUGCAUGCUGCAGGUGGCUCUGUAUGAAGCCGGUCCAACGUGGGGAAACCUUACGGUCCUGAUAAAGCCAUUCCUCUCAGGAUCAACGGUCCAGUCAGUGGUUCUCAACAGCAAGAGCCGUGAUAACCACAGGGGAGAGUGGGAGGUUCUAUUGACUAUGAUCGGCCAGAUCGACGAAUCCUUUCAGGUGACCCUGCUCUACACUUCCUGUUUGGGUGAAGAUAAGGCUACUGUGGCUUUGGACUCCCUAGAGCUCAUUGACUGUGACUCAGAUCAGAUUGAUGAGCUCGAUGCGCCAUGUGGUGAAUCUUUCCACUGUGAAAACUCAAGAGGAUGCAUAGACCAGAGCCAAGUGUGCAACUUUCACACUGACUGUCCUUUAGGAGAGGAUGAGGGCCUCAUCUGUGCUGGUCUUUUUUUUGGCUCACACUGUUCGUUUGAACUCGAUGCCUGUGGCUGGUCAGUGUCCAACCAUCACUCGGGGUGGAGAAGGGUCACUGGAGAAGAGUUUUUGGAGGACAACGAAAUGCAGGGUGUUGCUCUGCAGCAAACACAAGGGCACUUUCUGUUUUUGAAGGUAAGGGAAAGUAAUCCUCCCCGAGAGGCGUCCAUUCGGAGCUCCUCUUUCCCUCCACCAGUGUCUUCUGCUGCCUGUCAGAUGCGAUUCUCUCUGUACUUAUACGGAGACUUUAAUGGUUCGUUGGUGGUGGCGAUAGAAGAAAAUGGGACCACCAUUGCACCACUGGUAUGGGAGAGAAAUGGUCAGUGGACAGAUGAUUGGGAAGAUGUUGCCCUAGAGCUCACUGGCCUCCAUUAUGGGUUCCAUGUCAGGAUAACAGCUGUGUGGGGGGAUGGGUCGAAUGCUGAUGUUGCUCUUGAUGACAUUGCGAUUGGAGCGGCCUGCUUCAACAAAGAUCUCAACUCUCUCCUGACCAUGGAGCUCUUGGAGGAUUUCCUAAGCCCCCUUCCAGAGCCCCCAGGCCCAGAGGUUUCCUUGAUGACAUGGUGGUUCAACUCAUGUGGUGCCAGUGGUCCCCAUGGUCCAACCCAGGCUCAGUGUGACAGCACCUAUAGGAACAAAAAUGUCAGUGUUACAGUGGGAAAGGAAGGCUCUUUGAAGGGCGUCCAAAUAUGGAGAGUUCCUGCAACUAACAGAUACCUGAUCUCUGCCUACGGUGCUGCAGGAGGAAAAGGAGCAAAAAACCACAACAAACGCAACCAUGGGGUCUUCAUAUCUGCAAUCUUUCCUCUGGAAAAAGGAGAUGUGCUUUACAUCUUAGUGGGCCACCAGGGAGAGGAUGCGUGCCCGGGGAGAAACCCCCUAACCCAGAAAAUCUGCCUGGGAGAGUCGUCUGUGAUUGAAGAUAACCGCAGGGGAGAGGCUGGUGCAGAAUGGGCAGGGGGAGGAGGUGGAGGAGGGGGAGCGACCUACAUCUUUAAGAUGGAGGAAGGGGAGCUGGUUCCCUUGCUGAUUGCUGCUGGUGGAGGAGGAAAUGCCUAUAUGGAGGACCCAGAGUCCACAUCUGACCAUAUUCCACUGGAGCAGUAUGAAAACAGCACCGCAGCUCCUGGUACCAGUGGUCAGACUGGUGCUGCAGGUGGAGGUGGUGGCUGGAUGGGCAGUCCCAGUUCUAACCCCAGGGCAGGAAAGUCUCUAUUAGAGGGUGCUGAGGGGGGGUCAUCUUGUCCCCUUGCUCUGUCAAAGCUUAGCUGGUCCACCUAUGGGGGCUUUGGAGGCGGAGGGGGAGCUUGCACAUCGGGGGGAGGUGGAGGAGGAUAUAGAGGAGGUGACGCUACGCUGACAGAUGAGAUUACAGCCGACGGUCAGAAUGGAAUCUCAUUUGUUCAUCAAAUGGGGGAGAUUUUCCUUCAGCCUCUGGCAGCCAUGGAGAGCCACGGUGAGUGUGAGAUCAAGGUUCAGCUCAACUGCAGCCACUGUCAGACACAGAGCUGCAAACGGGAUGAAGACACUCACCUGAUCCUGUGUCUCUGUGAAGAGGACGAAGUCCUGGCCAAUGACAAUGUCACAUGUAUCCGCACCAUGACAGGUCCACAGGGCCUGGCUCCACAGGGCCAGUUAUCAUCGUCUUUGAUCCUGGCAGUCGUCGUCUCAACCAUCGCCAGCGGCAUUGCACUGAUUUGUGCUGGCGUCAUCCUCAUGUGGUACCGCAGGAAGAACGAUCUGCACGCAGUGCGAGGACGUCUGCAGAGUCCAGAGUACAAGCUGAGCAAGAUCCGCUCCUCCACCAUCAUGACCGACUACAACCCAAACUACUGCUUUGCAGGGAAGGCUGCAUCACUCAACGAACUGAAGGAAGUACCACGCAAGAACAUAACACUUCUCAGAGCUCUUGGCCACGGUGCGUUUGGUGAAGUGUAUGAAGGACAAGUUCUGGGAAUGAGCGUUGACAACAGUCCCAUGCAGGUGGCAAUAAAGACUCUUCCAGAAAUUUGCUCCGAACAGGAUGAAAUGGAUUUCCUGAUGGAGGCGUUGAUUAUGAGCAAGUUUAGCCAUGACAAUAUUGUGCGGUGUAUCGGCGUCAGUCUGAACAUCCUGCCACGCUUCAUCCUGCUGGAGCUGAUGACCGGAGGAGACAUGAAGAGCUUCCUGAGACAGAACAGACCACGAGCGGGCCAGACCUCCUUUCUCACCAUGCAGGAGCUGCUGCGGAUGGCCAGAGACAUCGCCUUGGGGUGUCGCUACCUGGAGGAGAACCACUUCAUACACAGAGACAUUGCUGCUAGAAAUUGCCUCCUUACUUGCCCGGGACCAGACAGAGUAGCCAAGAUUGGAGAUUUUGGAAUGGCACGAGAUAUUUACAGAGCCAGCUAUUACAGGAAAGGUGGCCGUGCGAUGCUGCCAGUCAAAUGGAUGCCACCGGAGGCCUUCAUGGAGGGAAUCUUUACCUGCAAGACUGACACAUGGUCUUUUGGGGUGCUACUGUGGGAGAUCUUCUCUCUGGGUUACAUGCCGUAUCCCUGCAAAACCAACCAGGAGGUGCUGGAGUUUGUGACCAACGGAGGCAGGAUGGAUCCACCUAAAAGCUGCCCAGGGCCUGUUUAUCGGAUUAUGACUCAGUGUUGGCAGCACUGUCCAGAGCACCGACCAAACUUUUCUUCUAUCCUGGAGAGAAUUAACUACUGCUCUCAGGACCCAGAUGUUAUUAACACACCGCUGCCAGUGGAGUACGGUCCCACCUCAGAAGAAGAUGGCAGUUUAAUAAUCCGUCCUUCUGACACCUCCUCCAGCCUCACUCCUCUUCUGGUAUCCCACCCUGUUUCUCAGGAUUCCCCACAGCUUGGUCUUCCCUCACUUGGCCUGGGUUCCACCCCUCUCCCUGUGCAGCCCACCAAGCCCCAUCUCCUCCUCCAAAAAAACCAGCCAGUCCAACAGGAGGUGACGUCAUGUCGUGAGGCUCUGGAGCCAUCCUGGGCGGAGCCUGUUCCUGCUCCAGGUUUGUCAGCAGCAGCUGGGUGUGCAGGAGGUCACUGGCUCCACCCUGAGCCUCCUCAUCACCAGCCCUGCUCCAGGAACAGCUCCUCCUCAGGCAGCCAGAGGGUGAAGAACAAGACAAAGAACCUUUGGAACCCCACGUACGGCUCCUGGGUGUUGGAAAACUUCAGGGGGAAGAAAACGCUUUCUCACACUCAGUCCAUGCCGCUCUCCAGCUCAUCUACCAGCAGCCCCAUCGCCCAGACUCCUCAGACCUGCAGCUCCUCAUCAGAGAGCCAUGAUGCCAGCUGUGACAACACCACCAGCUUCUGCACGCCUUCAACUCCAGGCCAGCAAGCUGCCAUGAGCACGUCCUCCCAUAAGACAGCAGCAGGUGGGAGCACAAAAGCUGGGAUGGACCUGGCUAAGCUGCAGAGUUUUCCAUGUGGUAAUGUCAACUAUGCCUACGAUGAGCAGAGCUACGAGGCCGAGAGCCUCCCGCUGGUGAAGCCCAAAGCUUCAGAAGCCAUCACCAACACUGGCUCAGCCCCCAGUGUCUCCUCAGGGUCCAGCCUGGGACUGACAUUAGGCCUCCACACCUCCUCUUCCUGUAUGCCCAAGCUGCUGCUGAAACGCCAUGCCAGCUAUGGACAUGAAGAUGUGAGGAGGCACACCAAAGCCGAGAAACCAACACGGGACAGAGACUCUGGCUUUUCUCUGUCUGAAGACCUUAGUGUUACUCCAAUCUAAAAAACAAAGUAGUGCAUCAGGGACUCUUGUUGAUUUAAGGAUCUUAAAUCUUAACUGGAUUCCUUUUUCUCACAGCCAAUGACACGAGUUUUGGAUUUCUGGAAGAGACGGUACAACCAUGAGGGCCCUCAUCACGGUCUAAGAGCCACAACAUCAAAUUAUCAGAGUUCCUGGAAUGCUGGAAAACACAUUCAAAUGCUCACAUGCCACAAACAUUCCUCUACACUGUGAUACAAAGAGAAAACGCUGGACCCUGAGCUCUAUCAGGGCUUCUGGUAGCUCAACACUGAAGCUGAAACACAGGAUGACAUGAAGCCUGCAGGAGCUGGCUGAUAGAGUAACUGCUGUAGAUGGGACUUCUUUUUCUACCUUUUUGUUUUUUCAUGAAAGCUUUGCCAGUAUAUUUUUGUUGCUUCAUAGUAAAUGAUAUUUUUGAGUGCGCACCAUGAAGUGUUAAGUAGGACCAGGCAGGAAAAUAUUGAGACAUUGGGAACAGAGUCUUUCAAAUUCAGUUUUAAGGUACUUAUGAUACAGCCAGGUAAACUUAUUGGAUGACUUCCUGAUUUCAUGCCUCUUUUUCCAAAUCUUCCAUUACAGAUGGAGUUUGCUCAGUUUAGACAGACAUGUUAAAAGGAUUUCCAAAUAUAGGGGGAUUAAAGCCUUUGUUUAUUCAAAUUCGAAGACAAACUUCGGACGUCUGAGUUAUAAUAUGCCACCGAAAGUAACUUAAAACCUAGGUGAAAGCAAACAAACCAUAAAUUGUUGAGUUAACCUGAUAGCCUGCUUCAUGUGUCUUUGAAAUUAGAUAUAUUUCACAUCCAUCUGGGCAUCACCUCAUAGAUGGUGUUUGGAAAGGGCAGAUCCUCAGGAAAAAAUUGGACAAAGAUUCUGUCUCUCAAAUCUAUUACAGCCAAUCAGAGCAAAAGAAACAUGCAUAGAAGGGUACAUAGGCUUGAGAGGUAGCCAUUAUUGUUGUACACCAUUAGUGCAGCCUGUGUUUGAAUUAAAACUCUUGCCAGAGCUGUUUUGAAGAAGAGCUAGAACAAAUGUUGCCAGUUUUGAUAAAACUUGCUGCUAUAGCUACAUCAACUUCAAUCCCAUCACCAGCAGCAGCCAUAAUCUACCAACUUGUACUAUAGGUAAAUCAUGCCUGUAGCUACCGCCUCUUUCUUCCCUAAAGACACUGAUUGGUCCAGUCAUCUACUGACUGACACAUGAUUCAGCCAAAAGCUUUGCAAGAUUGAUCUGCCCGCUUUAAUUUUAGUUUAGAAACACCAGCUGAUCUGCUUGUGUUCCCAUCUUUGUGCUGAUCAAAACUAACUAACUGAUGCUAAAUAUAUCACACAGAUACUUUUAUUAUAUUAUUAUUCUCCCAAAUACAAAGAAUGCACUCAAGUGUUUUUUGAAGUACUGAGUUUUUUGGUACAAGCAGACUCCUUGUGAUUUAAAAUCCCAGUCUAGAAAUUAAAUUUUGAACAUUUUUGCCAAACUAAACACAUUUGUAUUUGGCAGUAUAUACUUACAUUACAGUCCUGACUCUGUUUCCUGAUGUCUUGAUAUUUCUUUGUCUAUAGGUUCUUUGCAGAAGACACCACGCAACAAUGGCAAGCCCAUGUUGGGGGGCAAGAAGUGAUUUCUGCAUAGUGAAACGCUACCAAAAAGGCCUAGGUGUUUUAAGUGCAAAAAUAACAUUCUUAAUUCUUGAGCUACUUUUGUAGUCUUAAAAGUAGUGAAAUAUUCAGGCAAAAAAUUAGAAAAAAAAAAAAUCCUGGACGAGUGGUGUCACACAACACUCAUGUAUGGUCCGUUUCCGCAAAGUGGUCUGGUUUGGUUCAUUAAACCCUGAUCUUACCUGUGUUCCCUCAGCUGAUGUCAGUCCAGCCUCUCUCAACGUGUCGAAUCCGUCUCUUUUAAGAGAUCCAGAUCAUUUAGCUCAGCUCAGUGGAGCUGGUUGUGUGGCUCACAAAUGGCUCUUCAUUUGGCUUUUUAAAUGUGGAUUAAAUAAGAAUAAAGGAAAGUAAAACAAGCACUCAAAAGGGAGCUAGCUACUGCUAUUAACAUUAAAGAGACACUUGGUAGCACGGGCUCGUUCAUGACGGACACAUCAUUACUCAGUCACUUACCCUACAGGGUUUAUUCAGUUGAUAGUAUAUAACUGUCCCAAUUAAAAGCAUGUUUAUGAUAAAAUGAGGACUUUUGUUAAGCUAGCCUUUUAGGUCCAUACAAGACUUCUCAAGACUCUAUCCUUCAUCAGGAUAGCAGACACUAGAAGGUGUAGUGGACGCAUUCGCUGUAUGUAGAAAUUUCCUGAUGAUAAUCGCAGCGCACAGGUCCAUUUAGAGCAUGUAUUAACUUUACUCCAUUCCCAUUCAUUCCUAAUGAUUGACCCCACUCCCUGCCCCCCAAUGGACAUUUGCACAUCAUCGGAAUCACGUGACUGCAAAGAACCUGUGAAAGGUCUCAUGAAUUAAAAGUUUGUGGAGUUUGCUGAUAAACAUGCAGCUAUGAAAAUAUCUGCUAUUUUUGUACUUGGCUUUAUACACUGUACUAACCCAUCAGUAGCUGUUUUAUUUGUAUGCAUUCAUGUUAUUGAUGGAUUUGGAUUUGUAGUUGAUCACUGCCAUUCGAUACCUUUACACUGCGUCUGCUAGAGCAGUGCUGGUAGUUCCUAUGUUUACUCAGCAGAGGGAGGUAUUCAGCUUUGAUAUAGCAAACAUGCUGCUGCAGGUAUCUCAGUCUUAACAGUUUUAUUUUACAUUCAGUAUUUAUGUUUUCAGGUUAUUCGUAUUUAAUCAGUUAGGUAGACGUGUGUUUUUAUUCGGAGCCUAAAUGUUACUAGUUCUUUUUUGAUGUGUUUGAAUGUUACAUUUAUAUAUCCUCUUGGUUUACUGUAGGUUUUUAUGCUCAGGCCUGCUGAUAGAAGUGUUUCUUGAUUUAACUUCAAAGUAGAGAAGGCUCACAUAGGUUUCAAAAAUGUUUGAUUGAUUUGGGAAUUUGUUUUUGUCAUCUUUCACAAAGUUUCUGAAUUCUUUAUGUAGCUGAGGAAGUUAUAACCCUCAACCAAAAAUGCACUCUAUGCAAUAUACUGUAUUCACACGUUCAUCUAACCUUACUGUGCCCUAAAUAAACAUAUAUUGAUCCUU